UUGUCGGCGACUACCUCUCCGCCGUGGCUAAUCAGUAACGUGUUUAGUCAUCCUUCAUCAGUGCUCUGGACAAGGUGUCUUACGAUCCGACUUCUCCGCGCUAGUGUUGUUGUUUGAUUAUAGCUAGAUUUUUUCCCGAAAUGCUUCCAAGCCGGUCGCUCAAUAAAAUGGCACUCCUCGCCGUUUCCUGCGUACUAACCUUCGUUCUUCUCGGGUCAGUCCGAGGUCAUACCUACCAUCUCGGGGACUGCCCUAAUGUCGAACCCAUGCCAAAUUUUGAAAUGUCCAAAUUCCUGGGAAAAUGGUACGUCAUCCAAAAAACUUCAACCGGCAGUCGUUGCGUCAUUUACAACUUUACCAACACCAAUGAGCCUGACCAUUACCAAAUCGAACAAAUUAGCGAACACCCUGUUUUGGGAUUGGCCAGCGUAGACAACAACUACCACUACUCUGGCAAACUGUCCGUCAACGACCCUGAUACGCCAGCAAAAAUGACAGUUCGCUUCCCACUCAGUGUUGCUGGAAGCGCUGCAUACACUGUUUUUUCAACUGAUUAUGAUAAGUACGGUGCCAUUUUCACGUGCCAGAAGUUAGCCUUUGCCAACCGCUUAUCAGCUACCAUCUUGUCUCGAACCAAAACUCUCGACAAAAUUUACGUUGAUAAGAUCCGCUCGAAGCUGAGCGCGGCCGGCGUGAACCCUUACGACCUGAGCGUGAUCGACCACUCGAACUGCGAGAAGAAGGACGGCGUGAACAUCAACAUCAACGACGAGACGUUCAGCCCCUCGAGCAUCGGUGGAGCCGUCAAGAAGGUCGGUCAGAAGAUCGGCGAGGGCUUCGACAAGGGAGUCGAGGGUGCCAAGAAGCUCUACCACUCCAUCAGCCACGACUCUAAGGAUGAUGACUCCAAGGAGAGUCGUAGGGAGGAGCUCAUGAAGCCUACUUACAAUGCCGAUGCUGAAUGGCUUCCUUGAAUUCCCUUAAUUUCCUUAAUUCCGAAGUUCGGGGUUGACUAUUUCAAGCUUAUAAAGCCAACUAACAAGUUACAAUGCCGAUGCUGUAUGGCUCCCUGAAUUCCCUUAAUUUUCUUAAUUCCGAAGGGUUGGUUGACUAUUUCCAGCUUAUAAAGUCAACUUAAAAUACCGAUGCUGAAUGGCUUCCUCGAAUUCCCUUAAUUUCCUCAAUUUCCUCAAAUUCGUUAAUAUCCUCGAUUCCGACGUUCGGGGUUGACUAUUUCAAGCCAUUGGCGGAUACAGCAAUUUGGCAAAAUCGUUUUCUCUCCAUUUAAACCAAUGGAAAUGUAUCGAUUCUUGGUGGGGCCUGUGCUCUGAUCAGAAUCGAUUAUUUAACAUAGGUUUAAAUGGAGGAAAUCUGAUGUUGUCAAAUUGCUGAAUCCGCCUCUAUUUCCAGCUUUCCGGUUGUGUUACGUUUUACGCCUCUAGGAGUUGUCGAAGGUUCAUUUAAAAAAAGGGUUAGAAACGUUUUACCUACAUUUGAGAAAACACAUUUUCCUUUAAUUUAUUGGAAAUUUUGGUUUAGAAUCGAAUUUUUUUGGUCCAGGCCAACUGUCAGCAAAUUCUUAUCGCGAUGUCAAAUUGCUUUGCGAGCGCUUGCUCUUAUAGAGUUGAGCCAUAGCGCAGCCAUAUAAUCUUUUUUCUAUGUUUCUGUGAUCACAAUGUUUAUACUCAUUAUACGGUUUUUCACUCUCAUUGUUCCUGCGUUUGUUUACAUUUUACAUUUUUAUAUUUUUUGUUCGGAUUUUCACAUUCGCUUAUUUUCUGUGGUCGUUUAGUGAGAAUAAACUUCAUUGAAACAGA